CCGAUGGCGCCCAACGAGAGCUCAGUAGUGGUAACACAUCAGCCGUCGGCUCCCAGUCCUGGACUCGUGCUGUUCAACAGCGAAGAGCAGUCGGAUAUAGUGUUUCUGGUGGGCGAAGACGAGGCCAACAUUUGGCGAUUCCCCGCGCAUUCGUUUAUCGUUGAAAACGCCAGUCCUAUCUUCAAAGCCAUCGUCGACAGCACCGACCGGUCAUCCGCUGCCGUCGACCGACAGAUCACCAAAAAGAUUAAUUAUUGCAAACCAGAGAUCUUUCGCAUUAUUCUCAGACACAUCUAUACGGCAGAGAUCAGCAUAACAUCGGUGCCCAACGCGUUGACACUCUUCACGGCCGGCAAUCAGUUUCUGCUGAACGACUUGUGCCGACUCUGUCUCACAUUCCUAUACGACAACUGUUCGGUGGAUAACGUGUUGGAGAUGUUGUCCCACUUUUCGCAGUUCUCGUAUCUGAGGCCCACUUUUCUGGACCCCGACCUCCAGAGCUUUGUGGGGUCGGGCGGAGGCAUGGGAUCGCCCGUCCACUGCAACCGGCAAUCAUCGAUACAGUUCGCCGACAACUGCGACAAUAUACUCAACGAACUGAUCACUCGGUGCUACUAUACCCUCGACAGGUCGGCGGCAGUCAUACUAAUGUCGGACGGGUUCGCCAACUUAGACCACGAUCUUGUGGUGAAGAUACUGUCGCGGGACACGUUGGACGUGCCGUCAGAGUGGGUGGUGUUCGAGUCAAUCAGGCGCUGGUCGUGUCAACAGUGCACUCGACAGUGCCGUGAGAUGAGCGGCGAGAAUAUGCGGGCCGUAUUGGGCAAAGCGCUGUACUGUCCGCGCUAUCUAACGAUGUCAGUCGACGAGUUUGUGAGGGGUCCGCACGCCUCGGAUCUGCUGUCCGAUGGGGAACGACAGGCGCUGUUGGCCCGCCUGACCGGUGAUACACAGGUGCCAAUGCCCGUACACUUGACGGGCAGGAAACUGGACGUCCGCCGGCGGUUUGUGGAGCGGCCGAGUCUCGAGGGACGACUGGCGGCGGCGGCGGACCAGCCGUCCUCUUCGAUGGGUUUGGCAGCCGAUAGCGUGUCGGCCAACGGAGCGGCCAGUAAUGCGAACGUCGGCUCCAAUGCGGGUAUUAUUGCUAAGAAGAAGUCGACGUCGAAAAAGUUGUUGAACGGAUUGGGAGAUCUGGUUAUCUGUGUUAUUCGACUGCUCGACUGAAUUGCAUCGCCUGUUCCCUCACCCUAUCAUCGCCCCCCAUAUCCAUACCCUAUACAGCACUUUCACACCCAAUUUUACCCUCAUUCACACCCAUACCCUUUACCCCGAUCUCUA